AUGCACCUCUUGCUACCAAUUUACACCCUGAUAGGUGCAGCCAUUGCCCAAAAUGUAUUCACUACAGGAACGUGUGUGACUCAACGAGGAUGCGGCCCCUUUCCAACAGGUUCACUUACACCUCCUACUACGAUAUCGAACACCAUUCAACGAACACUGACCCACAUCGCAACCGUCUGUCCUACAGCGACAGUCGUUGUCUUCAAUAGCACCUCGACCACAACCGGAACUCAGACUGUCAACUCAACUGUGGUCUCUGCUCUGCGUGUCACCACGACGUCUACUGUCACGACCAAUGGUGAGCCAAAACCCCCCCGAAAGAGGACUAUGAUUCUGACCUGUGUAGUCACCACCACCGACACGGAAGAAGCUACUACUACUGUCACGUCAACAAGUACCAUGACACUAACAGCUACCAUUCGACGCACAUCUACUAUCCCUGCUACGUCAGGCUUCGUCCCCAUCGCUUCUGAAUCAGGCUACGUCGCUCGACGCCGUCACAGACGUGGCGAUGACGAGUUGGUACCGACGGCUAAACCGGCCCUGGAAAAGAGAUGCUGGCCAGAUAUACUAGCUGUUGUCUGCAACACUACCAUCUUCACUUUGACCGCCCAAACCGUUACACGGGCCAGAUGUCCUCUGCCACUACCUACUGUAACUGUGACCCAGAACGUAACUGUGAACACUGCCACUACAACUGUUACUGCUACCGUUACUAGUACGCGGACUGAGAGUACGACUGUGAUGGCAACCGUGGAAAAUGUCAUUACUUCGACGACUACCUCGACUUGGACUUGGACCACGAGGCCUAUCGAUUGGAAUACGACAUUCUUUGCGACCACAACUCUCGCUACUGCAACAACAUAUGCUGCAUGUCAAGCGAAUAACCUCAUCAACUCAGCGAACGGCGGACAUUUCAUCUGGAACGUCAACUACGGCGGUUCACAAAAUCAGAUCCAAGUGGGAAUUCCAGCACGGAAUGCUUACGAAUGCUGUGUAGCAUGCCAUCAAACCCGAAACUGCAUCUGGUCCAACUUCCCUAGCAACUGUGAAUUGGUCAUUGCAACAUCCUGCAAUCCUAGGGACAACUUCAAUUCAUCAUUCAUUACUUCACCGGAUGCCAGGAGGGGAACGACAAUUAGUAACGGCCCUUGUGGAUUUAUUGCCAAUGGGGGAGAUGUCCCUCUGGUUUAG